GCCUCCAAUCCACCCACACCUCUCCGCUCAUUUCUUCUUCCCGUCGCAUCAAAGCACAAUGGCCGCAACCGCUCCUCCCACGUCGACUGGCUCCACCAAGCUGGAUGCCAUCAAGCAGACGGCUGCCGCCGCCGACCCGACAAAGCCUUCGGGCAUCGAUCUCUACGCCAGAUUCGCCUUCGCUGGUGCCGUCUGCUGCUCCGUCACCCACGGCGCCCUGACACCCGUCGAUGUCGUCAAGACCCGCAUCCAGCUCGACCCCGUCACAUACAACCGCGGCCUCGUCGGUGGCUUCAGGCAGGUCAUCCAGAACGAGGGUAGCGCUGCCCUCCUCACCGGCUUCGGGCCCACCGCUGCUGGUUACUUCCUGCAAGGCGCCUUCAAGUUUGGCGGUUACGAGUUCUUCAAGCAGCAAUGUAUCAACUUCCUCGGCUACGAGACCGCGUCGCGAAACCGGACUGCCGUCUACCUCGCCUCGUCGGCAACUGCCGAGUUCUUCGCGGAUAUCGCCCUCUGCCCUCUUGAGGCCACCCGUAUCCGUCUCGUCUCUGAGCCUACCUUCGCCAACGGUCUCAUCGGCGGCUUCACCAAGAUUCUGAAGAACGAGGGUGUCGGUGCCUUCUACUCCGGCUUCGGCCCCAUCCUUUUCAAGCAGGUUCCUUAUACCAUGGCCAAGUUCGUCGUCUUCGAGAAGGUCAACGAGGCCAUCUACCGCACAGUCGACAAGUCCAAGGCCUCCAACGGCACCCAGACCGCCAUCAACCUCGGCUCUGGUCUCAUCGCCGGUUUCGCCGCUGCCAUCGUCUCGCAGCCCGCUGAUACCAUGCUUUCCAAGAUCAACAAGACCCCUGGUCUGCCCGGAGAGGGUACCACCAGCCGUCUCAUCAAGAUCGCCAAGGAGCUCGGCUUCCGUGGCUCCUAUGCCGGUAUUGGUGCUCGUCUAUUCAUGGUUGGUACUCUUACUGCCGGUCAGUUCGCCAUUUACGGGGAUAUCAAGAAGGCUCUCGGAGCGACAGGCGGUGUCGAGAUCGCCAAAUAGACGUAUCAAACGAGCGAGUUUGGGCAAAGUGGUUGGCCGGC